AUGGCAGUGCUGCCAGAAGCUGGUCCGCACUGUCAUACGCCCAGCUGGGCAGCAUUUGCACUGCCAGACGCGGAGCAGUUGUGGCUAGCGAUUGUGGUCAUAAAGUCGAAUGAUCGUAAAUUGCAUAGGUCGAUCAACACCUCUAGUGGGAUUCUCUCUUUCCCCCCAUUUUCCCACGCUCGCCUUGAACCGGGACUCGGGAGGCAGAAGCGGGUCCCCUUCCUCCUCUCCUCCACCAAACCACCGCAGCCCAGCGCGAGAAGCUUCCCUUUGUUCAUCCGAGGCUCGCUCUCCUCCCCGGCAGAUCCACCUGGAUGCUCUCCCUCGGUGACAUUUUGCGCCGGGGCUGGUGGGUGGCUGGGGUGGAGCGAGAGGAGCCCGAGGGGGCGGGGGCGGAGAAAGGUCAAGCCGAGGGAAAGGCAGGAGACGCCUUUCCUAACCUGCGUGGCGGGGCGUGCGCGCGGUUAUUUAUUUAUUUUCUCCUUAUUUAUUGAUCGCACUAGCAGAGCAGCGCGGGGAGCCCGGGGAGAUGCGGGACCACCCACUGGCGGGGAAGCAGCGAGCAGCCCUCCCGCGCCCCCGCGCUGCCGAGCGCCUUCUGCCUCCGCGCUCGGACGAGAGCCCGUGCCGGCCCCGGCCCCGGCCCCGGCCACGGCCCCGCCGCACCGCCGCCGCCGCCCGCCCAGCAGCCCCGCAGCCCCGCCGCCCCGCAGCCCCGCACCGCGCCGGCCAGGCCCCCGCGACAGUGGCCCCGCAGUAAGUUGGCAGGAGCGGGUCCCCUCCGUUCUCGCCUCCCCCGCACCUUUUGAACUUGUUGCUGCUGCUCUGCUCGCCUGCGCCUGGCUUUUGGAAGGUGAAAAGGAGGAGGGAAGCACGGAGGGAUGGGGGAAGGGGAAGAAGAGCUCGCUUGAGCUUUAUUUAUGCUCCCUCGGCGCAUCGGAUUCAGCUGCUCGCGAGCUGCUUUCUCUCCUCUUCCCUUUCCGGGUGCACGGCGAGGAGAAAGUCUCUUUGCAACUCAGCCCCGGCGCGCACUUGGCCAGGUAUGUACCGCGGGCGCGGCGCGUUCGGCGCGGAGGCAGAUGCUGCUGCCGCCACGGCGGCGGCGGCUGGCAGCUCCUGGGCUCUGUAACUGUCACACUGCACCUGAGCUGAACUUGAAAAGAGUGAAGGGGCGA